UAGCAGAGGAGAUCUCGCGAGACAUUCGCCUGCCAUUGCGAUUGGCUGACGGACGCUGAAUGUAAGAUGGCGCCCAGGGAUCUGUGAGGCGAAAAUAAUCUAUCGGAAAAAAAGGAAUAAUAAUCACCCGAAGAGGGAGCGGAAGGACAGGGCAGAGCUCGGGGCCCCAGGUGUGUGGCAGCGGCACCGGAGGAGGAGGAGAGUGCCAAGCGGUGCCGGAGUGAAGCUCCUCCUGACAAGGAGCAGCUGGGGGUUUGACUCGUGUGCGCUAUGAAUAAUUCUUUGGAGAACACCAUUUCGUUUGAAGAAUAUGUCCGCAUGAAGGCCCGUUCAGUUCCACAGCACAGGAUGAAGGAGUUCCUGGACUCUUUGUCCUCAAAGGGACCUGAAGCCUUACAAGAAUUCCAGCAGCCGCCACCCACCACCACCAUGGUCUAUCAACAAGGAGCUAACUGCAUCUAUACAGACAGCACAGAGGUGGCAGGAUCCUUACUUGAACUGGCUUGUCCCGUUAAUUCAAGUGUGCAGCAACAGCAGGUGCAGCAGGAACAACAGAUACAAGUUCAAGCACAACAGGUGCAGAUUCAUGAAGCACUCACCAGGCCUUGGAAUCUUCUCCACCCUGCCCCACAGCUGAAUCGAAUGAACCUCUCCCCCGAGGGGUCCCUGGAUUCUGGUAUUUCAGAAGAAAUGUUGGUGCAGGUACAACAGUCACCACAGCAGGUAACAGGUCAACAGAUGUCGCCUCAACUUAACGUUCAUCCAUCAAAUGAGCAGCCAAUUCAAGUACAAGUACAGAUCCAGGGCUCAGGACAGUCGCAAACAAUACAAAAUCAGUCCCUGCAGACCCAGAGCCCUUCCCAGAUGCAAGUGGCUCAGAUCCAGGUUCAGCAUGUUCAGGCCCCUGAUAUGCAGGACAAUCACAUGCAGCAGCAGCAGCAUCAGAUCCAAGCACAGCUGGUGGCAGGACAGUCUGUGGGUGGCGCACUUUCCCCUCCGCCAAAUCAGCAAGGCUCCCCACGGGAAGGGGAGCGCCGUUCCAGCUCUUCGAGCGUCCUUCAGCCGGUAAAGAAACGCAAAGUGGACAUGCCAAUCACUUUGUCAUAUGCAAUCUCAGGACAGCCUCUUGCAGCUGUUUUGGCAAUUCCACAAGGGCAGCAACAGAGUUAUGUGUCUCUGAGGCCAGACUUACUAACAGUAGACAGUGCUCAUCUCUAUGGGGCUACUGGGACCAUUACAAGCCCAACAGGAGAGACGUGGACCAUCCCAGUGUACUCUGCUAAUGCCCGCGGUGAUUUACCACAACAAAACAUAACCCACAUAGCCAUCCCUCCAGAGGCCUACAAUGCCGUCCAUGUUACAGGUUCCCCCACUGUGGCGGCCGUAAAAUUAGAAGAAGAGAAGGACAAAAUGGUCAAAAAUACACACGAUGAAGUGGUGCAGACUCUUGCAAAUUCUCUAUUCCCAGCUCAGUUCAUGAAUGGGAAUAUCCACAUUCCAGUAGCUGUACAGGCUGUGGCAGGGGCAUACCAGAAUACAGCACAGACUGUACAUAUUUGGGACCCUCAACAACAAGCAACGCUACACGAGCAGGUGCAGCAGCAGCAGCAGCAGCAGCAGCAACAACAACAACAACAACAUCAUCAUCAUCAUCAGCUGCAGACACAAACUGUUAAUGAGGUAGAACCACAACCGCAACCUUCUCCCGAACUUAUGCUUCCCAAUACCUUGAAACCUGAGGAAGGGCUCCAGGUCUGGAAGAAUUGGGCACAGACAAAGAAUGCAGAGCUUGAAAAGGAAUCCCAAAACAGAUUAGCACCCAUUGGAAGACGUCAGCUACUGAGGUUUCAGGAAGAUCUCGUAUCCUCAGCAGUUGCGGAGUUAAAUUAUGGGCUGUGUUUAAUGACUAAAGAGGCGCGCAACAUGGAAGGUGAACCCUACGAUGCUGAUGUUCUCUACUACAUUUUCCUGUGUAUACAGAAGUACCUUUGUGAGAACGGAAGAGUAGAUGACAUAUUCUCUGACAAUUACUACAUCAAGUUUACAGAAUGGCUUCAUGAGGUUCUGAAAAAUUAUCAACCCCGAGUCACUCCUAUUGGGUACGUCAUCCCCAGCCAUGUGACAGAGGAGAUGCUUUGGGAGUGUAAGCAGCUGGGAGCACACUCUCCUGCCACACUACUUACAACUCUUAUGUUUUUUAACACAAAAUAUUUCCUGUUAAAAACCGUUGACCAGCACAAUAAAUUGGCAUUCUCUAAAGUGCUACGGCAAACAAAGAAAAAUCCCUCCAAUCCAAAAGAUAAGAGCACGAGCAUCCGCUACCUGAAAGCACUUGGGAUCCAUCAAGCAGGGCAGCAAAAAGGUUUCUCAAUAACAGACGACAUGUAUGCAGAGCAAACCGAGAACCCAGAAAAUCCAUUGCGAUGUCCCAUUAAAUUGUAUGACUUCUACCUCUUCAAAUGCCCACAGAGUGUAAAAGGUCGAAACGACACGUUCUAUUUGACGCCAGAACCAGUUGUAGCCCCCAACAGUCCAAUCUGGUAUUCUACACAGCCAAUCAGCAGAGAGCAAAUGGAACAGAUGUUAACCCGAAUUCUGCUCAUCCGAGAGAUCCAGGAAGCCAUUGUGGUUGCAAGUGCCAGCAACAUGCACUAAUUCAUUCUUUCUGGGCACAGAAGAUAUGUAAAAGCAAGAGAGGAAAAAGCCUGUACAGACUUUUACACUAAAAUAAGAUGCCUACUUUUUCUGUUAUUUUUAUUUUAUUUUUUAUUGGUGUAGUAAUGGAGCCCUUUUAGGCUCCUCCUGUUUAAAAUAAAGUAAGUAAAAGCGCCCAAAUGUGCAUCUUAAAGAGAAAAAAAAAAAUAAUGAAGAAUCUGCUUUCUGAAUGGCUGAAAUGAGAAAUGGUUACUGACAUUUUAAAUUUCCCCUUUAUCCUUUUAGCAUGGGGUAGAACUAUUUUAUUUGGGGGAAAGAAAGGCAUCUUAGGUUGAAUGGGAUGGACUGAGAAGCUGCUCACGCCAUUGCCUACCACAUAUAUAUGGACAUUUAUUCUGUAUUUCCAGUUGCAGGGAAAAGCAACCCCUGGUUUUAUAUAACUACAUAUAUAAAAUAUUUCAGAAAAAGCGGGAAUAUUUCAUUAACCUAAAUAUAUAUUUCUUUUUUUUUUUCCUGGCCCAAUUUAUCAAGGCCUUAAACUGCAGGCAUAUGAGCCUAUGUACAUUUCUUGUAAUAUAAUCUUGUGUAUCUGCUGCAGAUAUCUCCAUAUUUCUCCAUUGUUCUUAUGCUCUUUGUUUUAUUAAGAAUGACAAGCACGUCUUUUUAACAUG